GUAAGCAAAUCUAGUAUGCGGUUAGGGACAGAGCCUGACAUCGCCACAUGCAGCUAUAGGAAAAUACAGCCACAGAAAACACUCAGUCACCAUGACCUAGUGCACUUUAACAGACUGUUUGUCAUUCUCUUCGCUUUCUUCUUCCAUGAGAGUACUCUCCAAGUUUUCCGUCAAUGCCUGGCUCCUCCUCCACUUCUUAUAGAUGACAUGGAGCCCCAGAGUGUGGGAAUUGAAAGGGAUUGGGAGAUAAUGGUUUCGAGUCCAAGCAGUGAAGCUGUGACCCAUGACAUGGAAGCAAUAACGCUGCAGCCCAGCCACAGUCUUCCUUCCAUCCAGCAGCGGAAGAACGUUCUUCAGCUCAGACUGCAGCAGAGACGAACCCGGGAGCAGCUCGUGGAGCAGGGCAUUAUGCCACCACUGAAGAAUCCUGCUGCCUUUCAUGAACAGAUACGAAGCCUUGAGAGAGCCAGGACUGAGAAUUUCCUGAAGCACAAGAUUAGUAGUAGACCCGAGCGUGCAGAGCUGGUCCGCAUGCACAUCCUCCAAGAGACCCAGGUGCAGCCGUCGUUACAGGCCGCACAGAUGAAGCUCAAAAAGGCUCGUCUGGCCGAUGACCUAAACGAGAAGAUUGCCCAGAGGCCUGGUCCAAUGGAGUUGGUAGAGAAGAACAUCCUGCCUGUAGACUCCAGCAUGAAGGAGGCCAUCAUUGAAAGUGAGGUGGGCUACCAAAAGACCCUGGAUGUGUAUCAGUUUGAUGAGGACAGCAGUGAAGCUGUGUCCCCGGAGGAUCCGGCCAGUCAGGAAUCUCAGUGCUCUGUACCUUCACCCAGAGAGGCCAAGCUGCCGGAGAUAUCCUCUGCCACUCUGACCGCUGGCUCCAACCUACAGGCCUGUCCACCUACGAGCCAGAGCUCAGAGUUACUCAGUCAAACAUCAGCAGAGGAUCAGACAAACACUCAGCGCAUAACUCCUGCUCAGCCAGUCACCACCGCUCACCCCGUCAAAUCAGGCCUUACCCUUGUGAAGCAAAGCCAACCCAAGCUUCCCAGUGAAAAAAGCCGCAGCAAAAAGAGCAAAGAACCCAAGCCGAGGGUAAGGAAGCUCAAAUACCACCUGUAUAUCCCACCAGACCAAAAACAGGAGCCCAGUGAGGCCCCUAUGGACUCGGCCUAUGCACGAUUGCUUCAGCAGCAGCAGCAGUUUCUGCACCUGCAGAUUCUUAGCCAGCAACAACAGCACUACAACUUUCAGGCCAUUCUACCUGCACCUGCACCUUUCAGGCCUUUGCCUAAGGUUCUUAGCAGCUGUCCUAACGUGGCCAUGGGAAACAGUCAAGCUCCACAUGCAGCGUCGCUGCCCAGUGCUACGCCUGGAGUCGGCACCAACAGCACAAACAACCGCAAGCCUGGCCCUCUGCCUGCGAACCUAGACGAAAUGAAGGUGGCUGAACUUAAAAUCGAGCUGAAGCUGCGUGGUCUCCCCGUAUCUGGCACUAAAACAGACCUCAUCGAGAGACUCAAGCCCUACCAGGAGAGCUACAAGGUCACCAGCACUCAACAGACCGAGAUCAAUGGCAUCUUAGCUCCACUGGCUAAUCAGAAGACAGAAAGCAUUAGCAUGACUCCCCCAGUGUCUCCUGUGCACUCUGAGGUUUCAACUGGGAGUAUGGAGGAGACCAGCGACAGCAAAGCGCUGGCUGCCACAUCUCCAUCCCUCAUGAAGACUGAGGAAACGUCAGUGGAGGCGCCAGUACCUGAUAAAGAUCAGAGCCUGUAUGAGAAGGAGCGUCAGAUAGAGGAGCUGAUUCGCAAGCUGGAGCAGGAGCAGCGUCUGGUGGAGGAGCUCAAGAUGCAGCUAGAGGUGGAAAAGAGGAAUCAGCAGGGAGCGGCGCAGCAGCAGCAGGGUGAACCUGAAACUCUUAACAGGAUAAAAGAGGAACGUGAUGCCUUCUCCAGCUGUAGCUCCUCUCUGGAAAAGGAAGAGUCUCAGUCCCAGGGGCAGGGACAGCAGUUCUACGUUGCUGCAGCAGGCGUGCAAGCCUCCCAGACCAUCCUCAACACUCAACCAGAGCAACAUAUCCUUCCCACCACCAUCCAUCUUCCACAGACGCGGCCGGUUCUCCAAACCACAGUGUCCGUCUUGGCUCAAACGGACAGUUCAGCAUUUCCGCAGCACGCGAAUCCGACGCAGGCUGCACCUCAAAUAAUGUCUGUGUGCAGCAGUUCUGGCUCAGGUGUCGAACUGGGACAGAAGCAGGAGCAGCAAAGACCUGAAGUGGCUCAGUCCUGCUCACCUAGACACAGUCCUCCAAAUGGAUUCAACACAAAACCAACCUCCCCCUGCCAGCCCACCUACAUCCUUCCACCAUCUCCAUUCAGCAACCAUCACAGCCCUAAGAACAAAGACCCUCCUCGCUAUGAAGAGGCUGUCAAACAGACUAGAGCACUUCAGGCUACUAUGCAGAUCCCCACAGCGGUCAGUCAGCACAUGGACGACUUGUUUGACGUCUUGAUUGAGAGUGGAGAAAUCUCUCCCCUGCUCAGACAAGAUACUCAGUCUCCGGAGAAACUUCUGCCUGUGACAGCCAGUGUCACCACUCUCCCCAUCAAUACGGCACUGUCUCGUCCUCCACCUCAGGUCCACGUUGCCCACAUGCCCAGUCUGGUGGCACUGGCCUCAGAUCACCAGCUGGAGGCUCUACUGGACGGGCCGCUGCCAUCCAACACGGAGCCUCGUGCUCUCCACCUCAUGGAGGAACUGCACAGCCAGUUGUUGGAGUCGCCUCAUUCACCCAUGGACACUGGCGAGCUGAGAUUUUCCACCCCGCCACCCACCUCGCUCCACCUGCACGACACCAACCUGGACAGCAUGGAGUGGUUGGAACUGACCGUGCCGGGGUCAACAGGUGUCUCUGCGCCGGCUGCCAUCUUCUCGUCCAACUUCCUGGACUCUCAUGAUUUGCAGUGGGACUGAGAGAUGAAAGAAGGUAUGAGGCAGAAGUUGUGAGUUGGUGUAAGUCUUACAGUCACUUGGAGAGUCACAGGAUUGGACCAGAUGGCCUCAUGGUUACAGCAGUGGACGAUGGAGAGGUCUCUCAGCCUCUAUUAAAUUCAGAGUGAUGUUACUGGAUCUCUUUAACUGUGUUACAGAAACUGACCAUGCUUCAGCAACUGCAGUUUGUUAUUUGCUCCUGGUUUUAGUGGCCAGAUGUUUCAGAUUUGUGCACUGAUAACUGUCUUUGAAGAUGGAAAGAAUGUUGGCCAUUUCAUUCAUGACUUUCCAAUAUUUCUAAGGUGUAUAUAUAUAUAUAUAAAUAUUUUUUUUAUCUUCUCUUUUUUUUUCUUUUGUGACUUGUUUGUUUGCUUUAACACACCAUGACAUCUGUUUUGCAGCAGCUCUGCAUAACCUGCAUUUCAGACAGAUGAUGUUCCAAAGAAAACGGCCAGAGAGUAAGUUUUGUUUACUGAGAAGUGAGGAUGAGGCGAUUGUACAGAGAAAUUUAAAAUCUAACGCCAAGUCAUUAUCAUCACUGUGAAAAAAAUAUUGUGCCGGAUAUGUGGAAGGCGCUCCUUACAGCAUCCUGGCCAGCUUAAACAGGCUUUGUUUUUUUGUGCUAUUGACCAGCCUGUCUACAGCAGGGCCCACAUUUAUCCUAGAAAAACAUCAUUAUUGAUGUACACCUUUCAUUAAUCAUGUGGUGCACGUGUGCCUUGAUUAACAGAAAACCCAAUCAUACAGUGGUUCAGUUCUGUUCUGUUCAAAUCUGAUGUAGUAACUAAGCUGCUGAGUUCAUAAAAAGACGUCACAAAAUGACAUAAAAACAUGACAUGAACAUGUGACUGUGAAGUGACCAAGAAUUGAGUUUUAUGAAAAAGAAAAGUCUUUUUGUUUAAGUGUAGCUCUUUAAUUUACUCAGAGAGCCAAGGUUUUCCUUUUGAUAACUUUGUCAUUUGUUGGGUGACACACACACACACACACACACACACACACACACACACACACACACACACACACACACACACACACACACACACACACACACACACACACACACACACACACACACACACACACACACUCUGAGGCAGCAACCCUGGAGACAAACCUGCAGGGUUUACGGUUCGAUUCCCACCUCAGACCCUGUGUGUGUUUUCUCCCAGGGCUUCAGGGGUUUUCUUCAGGUUCUCCAGUUUCCUCCCCACCCCAAACACAUGUGCUGUAUGCUGACUGCAUCUCUAAACUGUCUGUAUUGUGUGUGACUGUGCUGUGUGUUAGACUGCCAUCCUGUCCACACUAUCCCCUGCUUUGUGACCCAAGUCUCCGGGGACAGACCAACAAUCCAUUGCUAAAACACCUUGUGUGUUUGCUGUGUGCUUUUUAAUUCCCUGCAAAUGAUUUUCGAGGGUUGCAUCAAAACCGUUCUUCACCGCUCUUCCACCGUAGAUUGAUUGACACCACACGAUGAUUAUCUGGACUUCUGCCCUGUGCAGAUUGUUAUCAUGGCGCUCCAGGUUCAGCUUCCUGGCUGCUGCAUGCAAAUCAAGGAUUUCUGAUAAAUAAGCUUUGUUGAUUCCUCUCCAUGCAGAAUGCUUCUGGUUGCUCAGAUUUUAUUUCAUGGCUCUGAAAAAUCUUGAGAUUUCACCAGAUGAUAUUUGGUUUAUUUCACGCAGGCUGUUUUGUGGUUUUUGUGUAAAAAUGCUGUUUUCUCCACCACAAACCUGUUUUUGUUCAGACAUUUCCUUAUUGUGGAUUCUGAAGUGGCCGCUGUGUUUCAGAGAAGCCAGUAUUUGAGUAGAAGAAGCUUAUAGAGGUGUCUGUCUCUGCAUCUCACAGUUUUCCUGGUGGCUGAUUCAGAAAUCUUAACCUGAUCAUUUAACACUGGGUUUCUACGUCUUUAUAGUUUUAAUAUUGCUGAUUGGCUUUCAAUGUCUUUACCAAAUUUAUUAUGUAGAAUGACUGAGUUUUCUUUUGCAUUUAUUUUAACAGUCAGUAAAUUCAGUGCAGGCGUACACCAAACACGACAAAAAAACAAACAAACAAAAACAAACACAAACUGUUUA